AUGUUCGCACUGACGCGGUUCGUCGCCCUCGCCUGUCUGCUCUCCACGGCAGGCCUCGCGAGCGCCGCCCCGGCUCCUACGGAGCUCAUGCUCGCGCGCCGCGGCCCCACCCCCGACGCGCUCUCCGUCUUCACGCGCGACCUCGCCGCGUCGCUCGCCGGCGCGGCGAUCAACGUCGUCCGCGAGGACGACGAGUCCCUGUACAAGAGAGAGGCGGCACCCCCGCCCCCUCCUCGUCCCCAAGCACGGCCCCCUGCCCAGGCUCGUCCCCCCGCGGGUGGCCCCCGGCCUCGCGACGCAGCUCCCCCGCCCCCGCCUCCCCACCCUCAGUCUCCUCCACCACCUCCGGGUCCUCACCCCCGCGACGCCGCGCCCCCGCCCCCGCCUCGCCCCCAGGCUCAGGCUCAGGCUCAGGCUCAGGCUCGCCCUGCCCAAGCCCGUCCGGCUGCACAAGCUCGCCCUGCUCCCGCCGGCGGUCCUCAGCCUCGCGACGCCGCCCCUCCUCCUCCCCCUCCUGCCCCCAAAUCCCCACCCCCGCCGCCCGGCCCCGGCCCCCACCCCCGCGACGCCGCGCCCCCACCCCCUCCUCGCCCCCAGGCCCAAGCUCCGGCUCCAGCUCCGGCUCAAGCCCGCCCCGCUGCUCAGGCUCGUCCGGCUGCACAGGCUCGUCCUCCCGCAGGCGGCCCUCGGCCCCGCGACGCCGCCCCGCCCCCUCCUCCGCCCCCUCCUAGCUCACUCCCGCCUCCUCCCGCUCCCCACCCCCGUGACGCUGCGCCCCCACCCCCGCCGCGCCCCCAAGCGGCUCGCCCGCCUGCCCAGGCGCGUCCUCCCCCUGCGACCGGUCCCCGCCCCCGCGACGCCGCGCCGCCUGCUCCCCCUCCCCCUCCCCCGCCCGCGCCCCCGGCGCCGCCGCUUCCUCCCCACGCGCGGGGCGACGAGCAGACGCUGUACGUCCGGAGGACCUACGUCGAGGACUAUUACUACUGA